CGACCAAUAUCAAAAGCUAGGUUUUGAUAAGGCGCUCACUAGCGUGAUUGGGCCGGAGACAAAAACUACCAGAACAAUCACUGACCUUUGGAAUAUCUUAAAGAGAAGUGGUACAAUAGAGAUCGCCGAUUACGAUUGCCUAAGUAUGUGGCUGAUAUACUUUAGUGAUAUAUUUGAUGAGAGCCACAUGAUAGAUGAAAUAAACGAAACAGCAGAUGCCAUUUUGGACGCAUACGACACAAAGGAGGAGCGAAGCUUUUCGGAUUAUCAACAGAUAAAUAACGGUGUCCUCGGUGGAGGUGGUUUCGGCAUAGUUCACUUGUACCAACAUAACAAUACCGAUGAACAGAUCGCGGUCAAGGAACUAAAAUCCCACCCAAAUGAAACAACCAAGGAAGAUAAAGCCUUUGAGGUUGAGGUGAGAAUAAUGCGCGAGCUCAGUCGAUUCGACCAUCCCAAUAUCGUUCGAUAUUUCUUUGAGCAUACUGAUGUGGGAUCCGGCAAGUUUUACAUUGGAAUGGAAUAUAUGACCGGGGGAUCUUUGGCAGGGAAGAUUAAAAAAACACCUCUUCCUGAAGAUGACCUAAGGCACUACACGCAUCAGAUCCUCUGUGGCGUUAAGUUCCUCCAUGAGAAGCACAUAGCCCAUCGGGAUAUCAAACCUGCCAACGUCCUUUUGAGCCUCGACGACCCCAUUAUCAAACUGGCGGACUUCGGAAUCUCGAGGAAGCUCGAAGCCAGUCUUCUGACCCAUGGAGCAACAACAGCUGGUAAAGGAACAGUUCAGUACAUGUCACCGGAGGCAACAAGGGGUGAGGACGACGAGAAAAAGGGAUAUGGCUUAAAGACAGAUAUCUGGAGCGUUGGCUGUGUUGUGUUGGAAAUGGCCAAGGGAACUCGUCCAUGGAGUGAGUCUAGAAAUGCACGAAAUCUGACGUUUAGGAUUGGAAAUGGUGAGGCUCCUCCCGUUGCUGAAAAUGUUCCUGGUGAUGUGAAAGAUUUCCUCAAGAAGACCUUCAUUUUGGUCCCUAAAGAUCGACCAUCUGCCGAUGACCUUCUCGAAGAUAAGUUGCUCGCUGGUAUCACUUCAGACGACAGUGGAAAUGUCCGUCUCUCUUAGGCCGACAGUGGAAAAGCAGGUACCUCGUCAGCCGCCAGUGAAAAAACAGGUACCCCUUCAGCCUACAGUGGAAAUGAAGGUAUCUCUUCAGUCGCCAGCGGAAAAGCUGGUUCCUCUAUAAGCCGACAGUGAAACUUAAGUUAUCUCUUCAGCCGACAGUGGAAAUGCUGGUCUUUCUUUAGCCGACAGUUAAAAUGCAAGCAUCUCUUUAGCCGACAGUGGAAGUACUGAUAACUGCUGCCGACAGUGGAAUUGCAGGUAUCUCUUCAGCCGACAGUGGAAAUACAGGUAUCGCUUCAGCCGACAGUGGAAAUACAGGUAUCUCUUCAGCCGACAGUGGAAAUACAGGUAUCUCUUCUGCCGACAGUGGAAAUACAGGUAUAUCUUCUGCCGACAGUGCAUAACGAGACAAACAAAGAAGGUAAUUUGUUCCAUAAUAUGUUUCAAACAUGCUAAUGGAUGAUACAAGAUUAGGGCUCAUAAUUCGGAUACAUCAAACGCUAUAUAAGUCGGCUAGUUUCCCCACAAGAGAGCUCCGCCUCGAGAGGUGCGCGCAGAUCAGAAAGAGGCGAAUUGUAAUGUAAUAACUGUAGCAUAUAGACGCACUGGGUCUCAGGUUUUAACGCAGAUUGUAAACCUGUACAUGUGCUUGCCUCUAUAUUUUUGCGAUCCACGAAAUGAAAAACUAAGAACUUGUUUUUCGGGGACUUUUUGGCAGAAGAGGAGACGAUUUUCUUUCAGUUUUUUCGAUAAAAAUAAAUGUUUGCAAUUUUUAGUUUCACUAAUUAAACGAGAUUACAUCCGAAUUCGCAAAAAUAAAGAGCCAGGCCAUAUUGUACAGCUACAGUAUCAUUAUUUGUCAAAGCUGAAUUUGAUUUCUUUUUGUAUCCAAGAAACUUAUGUUAUAUUGAAUUUCUAUUCAUACUCCAGUGUAAUACUAUUAAACAUUAUGAGACGUGCUCUGGCAAGUGUAGGCGACUGGAGAAUGUGGAGAAAAGGGAGAAAGGGCUACGAUUUUAAAGAUAUUUUUCCUCGAAAUUAUUUUUGUGUACAAGUCACAAGGACUUCCUUUUAAAUAAAGUUCGUAGUGUAUUUUAAAGUUGAAAACAUCAGAUAGGGUGAUGUGAUGGUUUUCAUGAGUUUUGUGCAGCCUAUUCCAGCGGUAACUCAAUAUCCCAAAAUGAUAACGACAUGUUAAAUGUUUCCAAGUUUUUCAAGAUUACACUAUGCGUAUUUUCAACUGUGUUUGUUUUAUUGAAGCCAAAGAAUUGUUCCAUUUUACGAACUUUGGCAAAAUGGUUGUUUCCGUGGUGCAGUGGUCAUUGCGAGCUUCUAUGUUCCAUCCCAGGUCAGGAAUCAGCGCCAGAUCAACGUCAAAUUGACGCCGAAAUUUUAGAAUUGACGUCGAUUCCUCGAGAACAUUUCUACCGACUAUUUCUAGGCAUCAAAUCGUCGAUAACGCAGACCGAUUGAAACUAUACGUGUUUCGAUUUCUGUCGAUCGUAUCUAUGGCAUUUCGAUGUUCUGGCGACCAACGAAAUGUUGUGAAAUGACCCUCCAAAAUAUUGCCCGACUCUGCCAGAGACAUUUCAAGGUCCGAUUUUAGCAUUGCUUCGCAAACGAAAAAAUGAGUAUCAUAUCGCUGUAUAUUUCAGCAUGAUUACUAUUGGUCCCUCCGAAUUGUUUAAGUUAUCAAUAUUGACGUCGCGCACUGGUGGUAGUGAUUCACAUGGGUAAUCUAGCAACGAACCCUGCCAUCGCGGGAUUAGAGAACAGAGGAUUUUGUUGCGAACAGUAUGUUAUCCUGGGUCAUUAUAAUGUCGAAUCCUAACAAACAAAAUCAUGUUUAGAUGUUAACCAAGUGUCGGGUGAGGAGUGUGCAUUGACUGCUGCACCACACGAAACAGAUAGUUGAAACCUGCCCUAACCCAUUCAUAUUGUAUCAGCAGUGUUGUAUGUAUUGUACUGCAUCAUAUUUCAUAUACUCUAGAAGCAUGUUGUACUUUAGGCAUACGGUAUUAGCAAUGAGCAAACUGUAUAUCUUAUAUAAGCCUGAUAUUUUAGAUAUUAGUAUAGACAAUGACGGAACUGUAUUUCUUAUAUGUAUGCUCGAGAGGCUUGAUGUUUAAGGCACAAGGUCAUGAAGGUAUGGGCCACGAGAGAACUGUAUUUCUUAUGAUCGUGAAUGGACGUCAAGCUUGAUGUUUUAGGCAUACGGUAUUAACAAUGAUAGAACUGUAUUUCUUAUGAUCGUGAAUGGACGCUAAGCUUGAUAUUUUAGGCAUACGGUAUCAACAAUGAUAGAACUGUAUUUCUUAUGAUCGUGAAUAGUCGUCAAGCUUGAUAUUUUAGGCAUACGGUAUUAACAAUGAUAGAACUGUAUUUCUUAUGAUCGUGAAUUGACGUUAAGCUUGAUAUUUUAGGCAUACGGUAUCAACAAUGAUAGAACUGUAUUUCUUAUGAUCGUGAAUAGUCGUCAAGCUUGAUAUUUUAGGCAUACGGUAUUAACAAUGAUAGAACUGUAUUUCUUAUGAUCGUGAAUGGGCGUCAAGCUUGAUAUUUUAGGCAUACGGUAUUAACAAUGAUAGAACUGUAUUUCUUAUGAUCGUGAAUGGUCGUCAAGCUUGAUGUUUUAGGCAUACGGUAUUAACAAUGAUAGAACUGUAUUUCUUAUACGCUCGUGAAGCUUGAUAUUUUAGGCCUAAUCAGUGCGUGCUUUAUUUUUGAACUCGACAAACUUGUGACCCAGACAGUAAAACGAGUCAAAGCGAAUAGAAAACAAAUUUUUGGUUGCAGUUUCUUUUUGAAAACUCCAUUUCGUGAGAUUCAGAGUGACGUGAAGACGUCUUUGCUUGAAAAUUGAUAAUUUUUGGGGAGAAUAAUUCAUGCUGAGUAAUGCAGUUCCCAUUUUCAAGUGCAUUUGUAUCCAAAAAUUCACCUGGUAAUCGACAUGCAAUGUUUUACUGGCUGCGUCACAUAUUCUGAUGCGUAUUGUAUCAUAGAAACGUAAUGUUUUGCUUGCAUUGUGUGAAUUGUAUUUCUAUUUGUACUCUAGAGAAACUUAUUAUUAUCUUGAUGCAUUAGGGCCGUUGUAUGAAUGGUAUUCCAUUUCUGUGCUCUCGAAGCUUGCACCUAUACAUUGUUCGGCGCGGCUUAUUCUAGCGGAGAGCAAAGUUUUACACAGAUAAGAUCACUUGUAAAACGUUCCUCUGAAGUCAACAGUAAUAGUGAGUUUUUGCUAUCCCAUUCCAAGAACCGAUCGACCGAGAUUGAGCGACUGAUGCGAAUGACUUCAUCAAUUUCUGAGCUGGUUUUCUUGAUCUCAAAACCGGAUUUUGUCAACCAGGCCUUGGUACCCAGUUGCCGAACCGUGAUUCAGAAUAGCAUCCAGAAAUUUGUGCGGUAUACAUUCUUUUACGCGAUAAACUGGCGAGAAACAACACAAAGGUUGGUUUGUUAACCAAGAGGGCUGAUGAUAAAACAGGCCGAAAUCUUGGUUGUGAAUGCCUGCAUGCAUUUCUAUACGGGGAAUAGGAAACCGUUUUUGAUAUUUCCGAUAAUGAGAACGGGAACGAGGACUGUUUUCGGUGUAACGGGAUAGCGAAACCUCACUCAUAAGACUAUUCAGAUGUCGGUAACAUAUCCUUCUUUCCUCUAGAAACUUUUUAUAUAAGUGUUUAUACGGUUUGAUUUUAAAAUCUUCUUAUGUUUAGAGGAACGUUUCACAAAAGGAACACUUUAAUGAAAUGUUGCUUUGAACCAGAAGCAAAAGUCCGCAAACCAUAAGACUAUUGGUGGAAAAUGGAAUUCUACGAUGAGUACAAUUCAAUGCAUAUGGGCCAUUGUGUUAAUUAUAUUCUAGAAUCUUAGGAUUUUUAUGCUUGAACUAUGUGGACAGUAUGUCUUUUUGUACUCUAGAACAUGUAACUAAUACAUGACGCAGGACAGCAUAACAACACAUUGACCAGGAAAGGCGAUUUUGAGUUAAAAGUUAUUUUCAUAAAUCUCCGUUGUAGUUCACGAGCAAGAUGGUAGUGCAAAGAUCUCACCAGCUCAACAUUUGACAGUUUGAUGGGAAACGAAUUGAUGCUAAUCAGUUACGUAAAUGUAUUUCCAAUUGCAUCCUGCUAAACAAGAUACUUGUGACAUAAUGUUAAUUUCGCUGUAUACUGCGUCACGUAUUUUGAUACAUAUUGGGCCACUGUGUUAAUUGUAUACUCUUUAGAAGCGUGUAAUAUUGUUAUACAAAUAGGGAUUGUGAGAAUGAUUUCUCGUGCUCUAGAGAGAAGCAUGUACUUUUUGAUGUUUAAGGCAUACAGAAUGGACAAUGGGAGAGAUGUAUUUCUUAUAUAUGCUUGUGAAGCUUGAUAUGUUAGGCAUGUGGAAUGGACAACGGUCGAGAUGUAUUUCUUAUAUAUGCUUGUGAAGCUUGAUAUUUUAGGCAUACAGAAUGGACAAUGGGAGAGAUGUAUUUCUUAUAUAUGCUUGUGAAGCUUGAUAUGUUAGGCAUACAGAAUGGACAAUGGGAGAGAUGUAUUUCUUAUAUAUGCUUGUGAAGCUUGAUAUUUAGGCUUAAUCAGUGUAUGCUUUAUUUUUGAACUCGACAAACUUGUGACCCAGACAGUAAAACGAGUCAAAGUGAAUAGAAAACAAGUUGAGUUGUAGUUUAUUUUUGAAAACUCCAUUUCGUGAGAUUCAGUGUCACGUGAAGACGUCUUUGUUUGAAAAUUGAUAAUUUUAUGGGAGAAUAAUUCAUGCUGAGUAAUGCAGUUCCCAUUUUCAAGUGCAUUUGUAUCCAAAAAUUCACCUGGUAAUCGACAUGCAAUGUUUUACUGGCUGCGUCACAUAUUCUGAUGCGUAUUGUAUCAUAGAAACGUAAUGUUUUGCUUGCAUUGUGUGAAUUGUAUUUCUAUUUGUACUCUAGAGAAACUUAUUAUUAUCUUGAUGCAUUAGGGCCGUUGUAUGAAUGGUAUUCCAUUUCUGUGCUCUCGAAGCUUGCACCUAUACAUUGUUCGGCGCGGCUUAUUCUAGCGGAGAGCAAAGUUUUACACAGAUAAGAUCACUUGUAAAACGUUCCUCUGAAGUCAACAGUAUAGUGAGUUUUUGCUAUCUCGUUCCAUGAACCGAUCAACCGAGAUUGAUCGACUGAUGCGAAUAACUUCAUCAAUUUCUGAGCUGGUUUUCUCGAUCUCAAAACCGGAUUUUGUCCACCAGGCCUUGGUACCCAGUUGCCGAAACGUGAUUCAGAAUAACAUCCAGAAAUUUGUGCGGUAUACAUUCUUUUACACGAUAAACUGGCGAGAAGCAACACAAAGGUUGGAUCUUGUAACCGGAUUUUGUCCACCAGGCCUUGGUACCCGGUUACCGAACCGUGAUUCAGAAUAACAUCCAGAAAUUCGUGCGGUAUACAUUCUUUUACGCGAGAAACUGGCGAGAAACAACACAAAGGUUGGAUCUUGUAACCGGAUUUUGUCCACCAGGCCUUGGUACACGGUUGCCGAACCGUGAUUCAGAAUAACAUCCAGAAAGGUUGGUUUGUAAACCAAGAGGGCUGAUGAUAAAACAGGCUGAAAUCUUGGUUGUGAAUGCCUGCAUCCAUUUCUAUACGGGGAAUACGAAACCGUUUUUGAUAUUUCCGAUAAUGAGAACGGGAACGAGGACCGUUUUCGGUGUAACGGGAUAGCGAAACCUCACUCAUAAGACUAUUCAGAUGUCGGUAACAUAUCCUUCUUUCCUCUAGAAACUUUUUAUAAGAAUUUAUACGGUUUGAUUUUAAAAUCUUCUUGUGUUUAGAGGAACGUUUCACAAAAGGAACACUUUAAUGAAAUGUUGCUCUGAACCAGAAGCAAAAGUCCGCAAACCAUAAGACUAUUGGUGGAAAAUGGAAUUCUACGAUGAGUACAAUUCAAUGCAUAUGGGCCAUUGUGUUAAUUAUAUUCUAGAAUCUUAGGAUUUUUAUGCUUGAACUAUGUGGACAGUAUGUCUUUUUGUACUCUAGAACAUGUAACAAAUACAUGACACAGGACAGCAUAACAACACAUUGACCAGGAAAGGCGAUUUUGAGUUAAAAGUUAUUUUCAUAAAUCUCUGUUGUAGUUCACAGCAAGAUGGUAGUGCAAAGAUCUCACCAACAUUUGACAAUUUGAUGGGAAAAGAAUUGAUGCUAAUCAGUUACGUACUUGUAUUUCCAAUUGCAUCCUGCUAAACAAGAUACUUGUGACAUUAUGUUAAUUUCGCUGUAUACUGCGUCACGUAUUUUGAUACAUAUUGGGCCAAUGUGUGAAUUGUUUACUCUUUAGAAGCGUGUAAUAUUGUUAUAUAGGGAUUGUGAGAAUGAUUUCUCGUGCUCUAGAGAGAAGCAUGUACUUUUUCAAUGGAUAUAUAAAUCAAUUUCUGCUAAAUGUAACCUUAUAGACGUUGAGUGCGUAAAAGCAAUGAGGACGUUAUUGCCAAAGCGUGGCUGCAAUAGUUACCGAUACAAUAUGUCUGUAUCGUUGCUCAUAAUUAAUAUGAAAUUAAAUUGAAUCAAAUCAAAUCAAAUUAACUAACUUUUGUGGAUGAAGUUGACAUGGGCUGGAGAUUUUUGGUGUAUUUGACCAGUAAAUGAUGCCGCCUUUUGGCAAUAAAUUAUCUCAGCGGCAGUGUGAGGAUUCUCUUGUCAGAAUUGCUUUCGCUACUGAUUGUCUAAUUGUCAAUCUGUCAGUAAACGGUCUUGGUAAAACACGGAUUAGUUGGUAGACGAAUUCUGGCAAGUGACCACCCGCACAGCCCUUUUUGGCUCACCGUCAGGGGAGUCUAUACGAUAGCCCUGUGCCCGUCGUCCGUAUCCUGUGUGGCACGUUUCUUAACCGCUUGUGCUAUGAACUUGAAACUUUGUACACAUUAUGACCUAGGUCACAUGACCUCUGGCAGCGAAUUUUGGUCCGGUCUGAUUCUUCACCUGGCCACCAGGGGGCUAAAACCAAAAACUUAAAAAGUGCGAUAAAUCGUUUAUUACUUAUUUGUUUUUGCUAAAAUUUGCAUGGUGGGUACCACUAGCAAGGAUACAUCACAUAUCAUACGGGUUUUUGAUUUGACCUACUUUUCAAGGUCACAGAGGUCAAACUCUAAAAUUUAACCGAUAGUGGCACGCGUUGUCUUUAUUUGUCCUAUAGUCUUUAAAUUUGGUAUGUAGACACCUGUUACGUAGCUCUACAUGUUGACAAAAAAUCAUGUCGAUGUGGCGUACUUUUCAAGGUCACAGUCACAGAGGUCAAAUGGUGUGAAUUGGCCGUUUGUGUGUAAAUAUGGCACGUUUCUUAACCACUAAAGCUAUGAACUUUAAACUUGGUACACAUGACCUCCUAGGUCAGAUGACCUGUGACACUGAUUUUCGGUCCGGUCUGAUUCUUAACUUGGCCACCAGGGGGCCAAAACCAAAAAUUUGGAUAGUGCCAUAUCUCGCUUAUUACUGAUUAGUUUUUGGUAAAAAUUUUAUGGUAGAUACUCUUAGCAAGGAUGCAUCACAUAUGAUACGGGUUUUUGAUUUGACGUACUUGUCAAGGUCACAGAGGUCAAAUCGUGUAAAUUGGCCAUUUGAGCGUAACUGUGGAACGUUUGUUAACCCAAAAGGCCAUGAACUUGAGGCUUUGUACAAAGUACCCCCUCGGUCAGCUGACCUCUGACCCUGAAUUUCAGUCUGGUCUGAUUCUUGACUUGGCCACCAGGGGGCCAAAAGUGAAAACCUAGAAAGUGUGAUAUCUCGCUUAUUAGUGAUUCGUUUUCAAUAACAUUUUUAUGGUAGGUUCUCCUAGUAAGCAUACAUCGCAUAUCAUAUGAGUUUUUAAUCUGACCUGCUUUUCAAGGUCACAGAAGUCAAAUGGCGUAAAUUGGUCGUUUGAUUGUAACUAUGGCACGUUUCUUAACCACUAAAGCUAUGAACUUGAAAUUUGGUACACAUGACUCCCUACGUCAUGUAACCUCGGACAUCGAAUUUCGAAUCUGAUCUGGUACUCAACUUGGCCACCAGGAGGCAAAAACUAAAAUAGGUAAAAAGUGCAAUAUCUCGUUUAUUAGUGACUUGUUUUUGAUGAUAUUCUCAUGGUACUUACUCCAAGCAACGAUACAUCACGUCAUACUGACUUUGGUUUGACUUGUAUACUAAACAUGUACAAUCAUUCUUAACCUGGAUGAAUUCCAAAGCACCAAAUAUCUAUACGGUGAGCACAAUGGCCCCUGGCCGUUUCAUUUUUUUAGGUAUAACUACAAUCAUCAACUUUUGUAAUACGGACAUUUUCUUCUCUACUUGUAUGUCACAUGGACCAAGGUAUUAUUCAAUGUAUUACGAGGGCGGAUCAAGAAGUUUUUAAAAAACUUGAUAUAACUUUUUGCCGCCGAGGCGAAACCAGGGCCUGCAUCAUGCUGAAAUCGCUGCAAAUUGUGGCCACUUUCACAUAAAUGUUGAUGUUUUAUCGCUAUGUGUUGACCCUUGAGUGGCAAUUGAAUUCUGACUAAAAACAGGUGGUGCAUUUUUGACAAACUUGUUAUGAAAAUUUUCAGUAUAAAAGUCACCACCAUAUUUUCCUUUAGGCAUUACUAAUCAACAUACCAGAGCACUUUCUACUCAUGGCUCUUCGUCCCUAGCACAAUUCAUACAAGGGGGCUUGUAUAAACUACCUGUUUGUGACCGAGUUUUUUUAGCAGAAUUUCACCAAAUUUAACACUUAAAUGAAACAUUAGAUAUUAAAAAUAACUGGGAAUCAAAAGCCACUUGUUACAACUAUAAAGUGAAUCUGGAUGCUUUUACUUAAUGCUUAACACGCAUUCGACCAGCAUGAUUGAGGCUGAUCAAAUGUAAUUAAAGACUGAUGAUUGACGUAUUUGAAAAAUUCGACCAGAAUUCACGACAUUGCAAACGUGUCAUCAAUAUUAUUUAUAUUGAAUAACAAUGGUACAUCUGGUUAGCCCACGUGACCGAUAUUUACACAUUUUAUAAAUGCUUGUUUCUACUCACUGGUGCAAAUAUUGGCUUUUGAAAAAAAACGGAAUAUAUUUUAAUAUAUUUUAUGAGGGUUUUUCAAACUUUUCGAUUUUCAGAAUUCAAAGGCUGCACCCAACCUCUGCUAAAUAAGCUGCAGUUCCAGUUAUUGUAGGAGUAUGGGGAUAAUUUUAGAUGCGCUUAAGAGAGUUGCAUCAUUGGAGCAAAUAUUUUUUCCAAAGUCUGUGAUAACCCCUUUUGAAAUGAAUGCCCCAUUGUUAAAACUUAUUGAACCGUCCUCGUAUAUAGCCAGAAGGCCACCUUGCUCUAUCAAAUUGGCUGGCUUGGUAUAGAAUUUCUGUCCUUCACUCCUUGGUUGCCCAAAUGGUGAGAUUAUUCAGACUGUCAUCCCAAUACUGUCUACUCCUUUUAGUGUAGAAUGCCGUGGCCAAAAUGGACAAUGUAUUUUUUACUCUGCUGAGCGCAACAGAGCGAUGACGCUGUAAGCUGGCUGCAGCUUCAUCCACUGUUCCUCCCGUGCUUCCAGAAAAGAGCUACAUUGUAUAUUAUGAAGCGCCAAACAAUGUAAGAACAUCAGUAGGCCUACUUGUGAUUUUUACUCGCAAGUAAUAAUGAAGGAAGUAAUCUUUAUAUCACCUCAACGAUUGUUGUAUGCUGGUGGUGUAAAAUAAAGUGAAACAUGCCAUAUUGGCCGCGGCAAUCAAUUGUAAAAAAGUAGCAGUUGAAAAUAUCACAAAGAAGCAAAAUGACACAUACGGUGAUUCUCUGUACACGCUUUUGAUUGGACGAAAUAGGUCGUUUGCUGCAUAUUAUUAUAUUUAGAACAUGGUAUUAUAUUGAAUGAAUGCUACAAUGUCGGUGGUGCAUAUCUAUAACAAAAAGUAGAAUACGAAGGUGGUGGUAAAUCAUAAAUAGAAAAAAAGAAUAAAGUAUAUUAUUCGCAUUUCAGUGUUGUAGUGAGUCAUUUGCGUGAGAGAGUUGCAGCAACCAGCACACUGUCAACAGACAAAUGUUCGUGCUUCU